GUUUCUACACCUGCAUAACAAAAACAUGUUUCGGACAUACUAACGUAGCUAACAACGUCCUAUAGAGUUUGAAACAAAACACUGUUUACACUGUUUGACAGUUGAUCUUCGUUCACCCUCGCAAGAAAGGUAACGACAUGUUCAAUAACAGUAUCAGCAGCAACAACAACAACAACAAAACAAGCAGUGAACUUGUAAGAGUGACGGCAGCCUCUGCCAUCGGUAUUACCUCCGCUGCAUCAACGUCAAAUGUUGUUAGCACUCCGUGCAUUAACCUUAUUGUUGAAAAACACGUCUGGUCGAAGGAACAAGCUGAAAUGCUUUUGGAUUUGUACGAUGAGAACAGAGACAAGUUUAAAAAUCCAGCUGUUAGAAAAAUCGGAAUUUGGGGAGACAUUGCAACAGAAAUAAAUACUAAAUUUGGCACAGAAUUUUCUGCAGAGCAAUGCCAUCAAAAGUUGAGAAACUUUAAAAACGAUUUUCAAAAAGUAAUGAUGUUGGAGAAAAAAGAUUGUCGGCAUUUUGAGAGACUACAUAGGAUCUUCUUACAAAGUGCAGUGAAGCCUUCGCAAAGUCCCGCGGCAUUGAAGCGCAAGCUGAGUCAACUAGCAGGACCUAAAAAUGGUGGAACAAACAUACCUUCUGAGAAAAAACGUAGAUUAAGUUUGCCAGACUUUAGAUCUAGGAGUUUAGCUAGAAAUAAUCGAACACAUGUUCAGAGAACUGCAAAUAAAAAAACGGGCAUGCCUACAAACACAAAUGAACUCCAGUCGCGUCCUCAGCCAAACGACUACGAUUACAUCAUUGGGAAGCAAGGCACAGGUACGUUUUCUUACCGCAAUUCCAACUUCAGUGUCAGAACAGAAGCCUCGCGGAACUUUAUUCCCACUGGACAACAAGGAAUAUAUGUCACUCCAUCAGCUAUAGACAAAACUGCAAAAUUGGUUGAUGAUGUGGAAACCUCUUUGUCAUACUCAGUGCCAACUAUGAUAGUUUCUUCAGCCAAUGGAGUAUAUAGUGCGGUGCAUACAACUGCAGAAGUUUAUCGUGCCAAAGAAGCUAACAAAGAUUCUGAUAAAAUAAUGAAUGUAUCGCAUAUAAUACCAGAAAUUGAAACAAAUGGGCUUCCAGUUCCAAUGUACUACUUUAGUAGCAAGGGACUUCGGUGUUCAAUUGAUGACCCUCGUGGCAGCGAAAAGGUCACAAAUGCGUUACCAUCAGGCAGCAGCACUGUCGAACUGCAACAACCCCAAUUAUUAACGAGCGAAGGUAACUUUGCAACUCCAACUAGUAGUAACGAGAAAUCAGCACUUGGGUUUAUCAGGGGUUUAUUCGAUAACAAGAAGAAUAGGGAGGCUUCAAAGCAAGCUACAAACAGCCAAGAGGCUGUGGUAAAAGUGGCUGGCCCAGCCGAUAACGAAAGAGCGAGCGAGGAAGACAAGGUUGGCAAUGGGUGCGGCAGGACGAUCAUCGACCUGACUGAUGGACAGAGUAAUGACAGUAUAACACAGCUUUUCGAUGCAGUAAACAAAUGGCGUGUCGAGGCACAGGAAAUGGAGAAGGCCAGGAUACAGAGGGAAAUCGAUGCUGAAAGACGGACAGAUGAAAGACACAGGGAGAGUCUGCUCAUGACGGCGCGAUUCAUUGAGUUGUUUGAGAAAUUGGUGUCAAAAGUAAGCUCUUCUGUUGAUUAAUCAUUGACUUCUCGGGUGACGAUUUUUUACUUUCAGCUAAUACGGAGACAUCCUGCUGUACGUGAUCCAAAAUGAGAUUAUUGUAUAUUGGUAGUCUAACAUUGUUUGAAAGUUCGUAGCAUAAACGUUUAAAACUUAU